CAGGCUUUACACCCGGAGCAAUAACCCCAGUCGAGGAUUCCUCCCGGGAAGACGGCUGCCUGCCAGCAUGGCUCAGGAAUUUGUGAACACCAAAAUCCACCCCGGGAAGGUGGUUGUGUUCAUCAAGCCCACCUGCCCCUACUUCAGAAAGACCCAAGAGAUCCUCUGUCAAAUGCCCUUCAAACAAGGACUUCUGGAAUUCGUCGAUAUCACAGGCACCAGUGACACAAACGCGAUUCAGGAUUAUUUCCAGCAGCUCACGGGGGCAAGAACGGUACCUCGGGUCUUUAUCGGAAAAGAUUGUAUAGGUGGAUGCUCUGAUCUAAUAAGCAUGCAAAAGAGUGGAGAACUGGAGACCUGGCUACGGCAAAUUGAAGCUCUAAAAUAAUUACAGAGCAGACACCAAUGAUGUCCCCCUUGGGAACUGGAUGGCCUCACCAAUGAAGACAACACUUCUUGGUGGAUGGAUAUGGGGCCAUUCUUAUCAGCUAUAGCAACUGUUUAUUAUGAAAUACAGUUAUCAAAAUAGUAAUAAUAAUGG